CAAAAUUAAAUUAUCACAACAAAAAUUUUAAAAACAAUUGUAUGUUUGUACUAAUAUUAUUAUUUAAUUUAACAUAUUUAUAUUAAUUUAUAUUGAUUUAAAUUGUUUUAGAAUGAUUUAAAUUGAUUUAAGUCGUAUAAACCGACUUUUAGAACCAUGAUUCAAAUUAAAACAAAAAAUAUUUAUUGAGAAACUCUCUCCUAUAAUUUAUUUAAACAUAACUUCUCUCAAGGCUCAAGUCGCCACAAACUUUCCUUCCUUUAUCCAUUAUCCAAAAACACGAAAGAAAGAAUCUAGCAAAUUCUUAACAGUCGAUGGAUCAAGAAGGAUCAUCACAAAGCCCUACCGGGCAGGGCCGUUCUCCCUCUGCACCCUCUAAUUCUACCGCACCGUCCCGGUCCCGUUGGUCACCUAAACCGGAGCAAAUCUUGAUACUCGAAUCCAUUUUCAACAGUGGUAUUGUCAACCCACCAAAAGACGAAACAGUGAGGAUAAGAAAAAUGCUUGAGCAAUUUGGUGCAGUGGGUGACACAAACGUCUUCUACUGGUUUCAAAACCGACGUUCAAGAUCUCGCCGGAGACAGCGGCAGCUUCAAACCGCUACUGCCGCAGCCGUCACUUCCAGAGGAGCUGAAGACCAGCAGCACAUGACGACCAUGAGCAUGCAUCAUCCUUACAGAAACAACGAGAUUAAUUUGGGAUUUGGAAGUUGUAGCAACUCGUCAGCUAAUUUCUUCUUUAAUGAUCCUUCAUCUCAAGUAUCUUCCUUUCUUCUCGGUCACUCGUCUUCUUCCUCGAAUGGUGGAUGUGAAAGUAACAAUGGCAUGGAGAAUCUCUUCACAAUGUAUGGCCAUGAAUCUGAUCAUCCCCAUCUUCAUCAGCACAGCUCAAAUGAUGCAACAAUUUCAAACCCAUCUGACCAAAACUCCAGUUUCCACUAUCAACAAGGGUUAAUGACGGUGUUCAUAAACGGAGUUCCAACGGAAGUAACAGAAGGAGCAAUAGACAUGAAAGCAAUGUUCGGUGAAGACUUGGCGUUAAUGCAUUCCUCUGGUCUUCCUCUUCCCAUUGAUGAGUUUGGUUUCUUGAUGCAUUUUUUACAACAUGGCCAAUCUUAUUUCCUGGUAACUCAGUUUAACUCACUUUUAUCUAUCUAAUUAAUAUAUAGACAUCUUGUUACUCUAUAAACAAAAGUACUCAUAAAUAAAUUCUUUAAUAAUUUUCAGACCCUUUGGGUCGUCUGUGAAUCCUUUUCUAUAAAUUGCGAGAUAAAUCUGUUUUCCUUUAAAUUACUAAAUCAUGUGUAUAGAAUGUGCUGAAACCUAAUUAUUCUGGUCAAGUCCUUAAUUUCUGCAGAUAAUAAUGUCGAGAACCCAGUUCAGUGUGUAUCUAAGCUAGAUCAUAAAAUAUUCCAGCAUAAAAUAUAGUUAAAUACUUAUAUAUAGAUUUGACGAUUUUCGGUUUUAUGCAAUAAAUGAAUAUCCGUAACUGAAGUUUUGUAAUUUAAGUAAAACUUUACGGAUCGAUUUCAGCUCUUAUAAACACACGUAUAUAUUUCUAACUGUUGGUUAACAAAAAAAAAAAAAAAAAACAUGAUAUAUUUCAUUUUUAAUAAAGAAUAUACGAAUAAACACAAGAACCAAUGAAAUCCGUCUUUUUGAGGAUAAGUAUUUAAUUGAGUUCAUUGGCAAAAGAGUUCUUGGGAAAUUAUAUUCUUGGUCAAACAAAUAGACAGCCAUUUGUUAGGGCUUUCCAAUAUGGUCAUCAGUUGAUUAAUUAACACAGUUAUAUUAUUCUUUU